ACCUCCUCACCCCGCUCGUCGUCCGAUUUCGACAUACAUAAUCUCUAUCAUAGCUGGUUGAAUUGAGGAAGGAAGUAGGUUCACGGCAAUGAUUUCACAGUUCUUUGUAUUGUCGCAGAGAGGCGAUAACAUUGUGUUCCGUGAUUAUCGUGGUGAUGUGCAAAAAGGAAGUGCAGAGAUCUUCUUUCGUAAAGUGAAGUUUUGGAAGGAGGAUGGAGAAGCCGAGGCUCCACCUGUCUUUAAUGUGGAUGGUGUCAACUACUUUCAUGCCAAAGUAGUUGGGUUGCUGUUUGUUGCAACAACUAGAGCAAAUGUUUCACCUUCUCUUGUCUUGGAGCUUCUACUAAGAAUAGCACGAGUUACCAAAGAUUACCUUGGCAUCCUAAAUGAAGAUUCAAUACGGAAAAACUUUGUGCUUAUGUACGAAUUACUUGACGAAGUAAUUGAUUUUGGUUAUGUGCAAACGACAUCAACUGAAGUUCUGAAGUCAUGUUUAUUUAAUGAGCCAAUCAUGGUUGAUGCUGCACGAAUGCCACCUCUUGGUCCAGCUGCUCUCUUUAUGCAAGGGAACAAAAGAAUGCCAGGGACGGCUGUCACGAAGUCAGUGGUAGCUAAUGAACCUGGGGGUAGAAAGAGGGAGGAAAUUUUCGUGGAUAUAAUUGAAAAAAUAAGUGUUACUUUCAGCUCUAGUGGAUACAUACUAACUUCUGAGAUAGAUGGAACCAUUCAAAUGAAGAGUUAUCUUUCUGGGAAUCCAGAAAUCCGACUAGCCCUUAAUGAGGAGCUGAAUAUAGGAAGCAGUGGCAGAUCGUUAUAUGAUUACACUGGUUCCACUGGAUCAGGAGCAGUUAUACUAGAUGAUUGCAAUUUCCAUGAAUCUGUGCAUCUAGAUCGUUUUGAUGUCGACAGAACUCUGACUCUUGUGCCUCAUGAUGGUGAAUUUCCUGUCAUGAAUUAUCGCAUGACUCAGGAAUUUAAGCCACCUUUUCGUAUUAACACCCUCAUUGAAGAAGCUGGAUCACUCAAGGCUGAAGUGAUUCUGAAAGUACGUGCCGAAUUUCCUCAAAAUAUUACUGCAAAUACGGUUGUGGUUCAGAUGCCUGUGCCAUCAUACACAUCCAGAAUUAGCUUCGAAAUGGAAUCUGGAGCAGUUGGACAAGUGACUGAUUUUAAGGAAUCAAACAAGAAACUGGAGUGGGGGUUAAAGAAGAUUGUUGGUGGAUCUGAACAUACACUACGUGCAAAGCUAACAUUCUCACAGGACUCACAUGGGAAUAUAACCAAGGAAGCUGGACCUGUCAGCAUGACCUUCACCAUACCCAUGUACAAUUGCUCUAGACUACAGGUGAAAUACUUGCAAAUUGCAAAGAAGUCCAAAACAUACAAUCCCUACCGGUGGGUGAGAUAUGUUACCCAAGCCAAUUCAUAUGUUGCUCGUAUAUGAGCCUCUCUCUAACUCAUGUUGUAUUCUCUUUCUGUUCUUUGCCUCUGCGUCUAUGAUAAAGCCUACCCAAAAUCCUCUCUCUCUCCCUAUAGGAUUUAUUGGGUUUAUUUGGUUUGGUUUGGUUUGGUUUUGAUAAUAGCUAGUUGUUUAUGUACUGAGAGAGUCGUGUAAAAUUAACCAACUUUAAGGAAACUAUGUGGUUUUUA